UGUCGUGCGCCCUUGCUGCCCUCGGUUCGAGCCUCUGUGAGCCAAGCACCCGACCAGCCUGCCCCAGAUGUUCUUGCUCCCUUGCCUCACCAUGUUCGCGCCGAUAGCGGAGAUCAGGGGAGUGAAGCGCCAGAGCGAGACCGAGGGAGUGGACCAGACGGAAACGUCGAACAUCGACGAGAUCAAGCCCAAUGGCCGCCUCCAGAACCUGAUGUGCCGCCUCCUGCUCCAGCACGAGGCAGCCCACCAAGCAGACGCGAGGGACGACAACUUCACCUUCAAGGUCGGCAAGAAGCUCGGGAUGGCGCUGGGGGAAGGCCUCCAGAACUACAUCGUGACAUGCAAGGCUGCGCGGGAAGGCGAGAACUUCCAGGGACACCCUGUUGGGGAAAAAACAGUCGCGCUCCUAAGGAGCGUGACCUUCAGCCUCGCCGAAGCCUGCGUGGGCAACGCCAAUGAGGUAGAGGACGCGGCGAAGAACGGCCAGGCCCACGAGCAGGUCCCAAACGCUCUGCAGGUGCAGAAGCAGUGGGGGGGCCAUCGCCCAGGACAUGGAUGUGAUCGCACGCGCGACGAGAUGCUUCAAGGUCAAGUUGACAGAAGGAGCAGAGGACCAAUUUCGCUGGAUAUGGGCAGUCAAUCAUCACCCAAGACCUGAAGUUGGCGCUGACCGUCCUCAGGAUCAACGGCGCGCUCAAGACCGCCCACGUGCGUCUGGGACGCGAUCGCCGCGCUCCACGAUGGCCAAGCAGAUAGAGGAGCUCGCCUUCAGAAAAAAAAUGACUAGCAGAAGGCAGCCCCCAAGAAGCCGAAGAAGAAGAAGAAGUGGCUCGCCCAGAUGGACACCUCACGAGUGUGUUCAAGCGUCAGAGGAUGAGCCGCGCCACAAACUAACAGAUAGACGGGCGGAGGCUUGCCUCGCAUUCUCUGGUGGCCGCAGGCGUUUCACAUUAUUUUCUCUCAUGGGUGCGACGAGUAUCUCCGGCCUCGGCCGUGAUGACGGUGGGGGUGAUGUUGGAGGGCUCCGCCCCUGAGCAUAGCAUCCACCUCACCGACUUCUCACCCACCUAUGCGUCGCGCGGCCGCCAUGUGCACUCCCUUGACGGGAUGGUCCUCUGGCCGAGCCUCACUAUGCACUUCCAGUUCGUGGGAUCGAAUGGGUGCGUGAAUGGGGCGGGGGGCGGCCGCCUCAGACCUGCAGGUCCGCUGCUCUCUGUUCUUUCCCGCGCUGCUUCUCGGUCUAGCCUUCUUGAGUCCUUUUGAGUUUCGCUGAGGGGCGCGGCCGCCCAUGCCCCAGAGGGGGGCGAGGGCGCCGCUCUCACAGUGCCGCCUGCGCAGGG